AUGAAGUCUGUUGAGUGGAUUAGAGCCAAUAGGAUGUCUCUGUUGAUUAUGAAAAGGCUUAUGAGUGAAGCUGUGAAGGGUAGCUUCCCAGAUAAGGCAACGGCAAGAGAGUAUCUGGACUCAAUUGCAGAAAUGUUCAAAGAGAAUGAAAAAGCUGAAAUUAGCAUUCUGUUGAGCACCCUGAAUAAUCUGAAGUAUACUGCUUCUGUGGGGAUUAGGGAGCACAUAAUGAAGUUCAUUGAUGUUGCUACAAAGCUGAAAGACUUAGACAUGCCUCUGCAAGACCAUCUUAUAGUUCACCAAGCCCUGAAUUCUCUGCCUAGUCAGUUCAACUAG